CAUGAAGUUCUCCACCUCGCUCCUUGUCGCCUCUCUUGCUGUGGCCGCGUCUGCUAGCCCCCUGAACGUUCGUGCUGGGAAGGGCGCAUUCCGUGGCGGCAAGGGCGGAGGCUUCGCCGGAGACCCCGCAGGUGCAGGUGCUGGAGGUGCCGGUGCUGGUGCAGGCGCCGCCAGUAGUGCCGCCGCAGCCUCUUCCGCGGUAGCCUCAGCAAGCGUUGCGUCGGUCGCCGCCGCGUCGAGCGCCGCAGGUACCGCGACUGCCGUCGCCUCGGCCAGCGUUGCCUCGGUCGCUUCUGCCUCGUCUGCCGCAGUCGACACUGCCACAGCUGUGGCCUCGGCGUCCGCUGUCGCGACCUCGACCGACACUGCUGCGGCUACCAGCACCGCCGCCGCAGGCAACAACGCAGGCAACGGCACGGCCGCGGGAGGCGACGACCCCCAGUCGUCGCUCACGCUCCUCCAGUCCGUCAUCGCCACCGGCUUCGCGAACAACGGCCAGGAGGUCGCGGAGGCGGGCCAGGUGCCCUCGCUCACGUCCACGAACAACUUCAUCAACUUCUGCGCGACGGUACCUCAGCUCCCCAUCACGAACGGCAAGCAGAUCACGGCCGGGUCGUGCAACCCCGCGCCGAUGGGGAUCAUCGCCGCGUUCACGAACAUGCCCUCCUCCAAGUUCGUCUUCCCCUCGAACGGCGCGGUCGUGCCCGCGAACACGAACUUCACCGUCCAGCUCGCCGUCCGGAACCUCGUCACGGGCAACUUCGUGAACGCGAACGAGAGCUUCUUCGCCGCGCCGCAGCAGACGGACGCCGCGUCGGGGAACAUCAAAGGCCACUCGCACAUCACGAUCGACCCCGUCCCGAGCGCGAACAGCACGGACCCGACGGACCCGACGAAGUUCGCGUGGUUCAAGGGCCUGAACGCGGCCGCGGACGCGAACGGGAUCCUGAGCGCGACGGUCGCGGGCCUCCCUGCGGGCGCGUACCGCGUCGCGUCGAUCAACACGGCGGCGAACCACCAGCCCGCGCUCGUCGCGGUCGCCCAGCACGGGGCCCUCGACGAUAUGGUCUACUUCACCGUGGCAUAGGGGCGCUGUGUCCAUCGUUUGCUCGUUACGAGUCGUGCUACGUUAAGACAGCACAUGUGGAGUACUCAUCGGGGAUGAGUGUGCGCCCUCGCGGUGCUCUGUGAGCACUGCGUAGCGCUGCCCCAUAAUGCGGCUCCCUCUCUUAAUGACAGGUCUAUGAACC